GGGUUUGAAUAUUUUACUUAGUGUAAAAAUCUUAGAGCUUCAAUGAAGACCUGAAACAAACCAAUAUAGAAUAUACAGUACAGCCUGUGAUGCUGACAGACACUGAGCAAUGAGAGGAUUCUUCAGAUUUGAAGCCAAAAUAAAAGUCAGGAAAACAGGAUGUUAAGCACAAUGUAGAUGAUAAUUCACUUCUGUUUAAUGUGACUCAAGGCCAAAGGAAGAAUGUAGUGGUCAGCUCUGUCCCGGCUUCAAAAUGAGGCCGAAAGUCAUGUUUCUGGUCUGAUAUUAUUGCCAAACCAGAAAAUCUGCCCACACCUUUGUGAAAGCCAAGAUUUCAAAACAAUGUUUUCCCUGGAAUCCAAAGGCAGUGUCCACAGUUGUAAUUUUCUAAGAGUGUGUGUGUGUGUGUGUGUGUGUGUGUGUGUGUGUGUGUGAAAUUCAAUGUGGGCUCCCAGUGCCAAACAAUGCAUCCCUAAAUGUAGAGCAGGAAGAGCACACCCAUUGCAGAUUCUACGAUGGGUCCCUGUGAUCCAAACCAGCUGUCAGUGUGUGUCCACAUCCCCUCUUUUCACAUCUUGGUAAAGAAAACACUUAAUGGGCUCAGGUAAAUAUACCUGAACACCCGACGCACAUCUCCACACAUCAGCAUGCUGCCUGAAACUCUCCUCCAGCAGUGAUGCCAGCCUUCAGCCCUCCUGCCCCUUUCCUCUGCGUGCUGCUGUGUGUGUCGGUGGCCCUGCAGCGUUCUGACCUGCGCCUGGCCUACGUGACCCACAACAGCUUUUUCUACUACUCCUGCAGCCAGGACCCGCAGCCCUGCAGCGUCUCCUCGCUCACGGACUGCAGGUGCAAGGACAUUCAGCUGUCCAUGCUGCACCACCCCCAGUCGCACUCGUCUCCCGUUUUCCGGAUGAGGCGUUUAACAGUUUGGUUCACGUCGCCCUUAAACACAGCGCACCUGCUCAACAACUCAGAGGUGAGGCACCUCACUCUGAUCCACUGCGGUCCUGGAGGUUCCAGGGGGACACCUACUACUUCUUCUUCUUCUUCUUCUUCUUCUUCCUCUUCUUCCGUGGAGGGACAUUUUGCCGUGCAGCACCUGGAGAGGCUGACUGUGGUAAACCUGCCACAGAGGCCGAUACACCAAUGUCCAGAUGCAAACAGAGCCAAGAACACAGACUCAAACGCUGACCCAGACAGAGAUAACAGUGCUCACCUAGACACAAAUAGGUACAACAGGGAUAAAGACACAUACCUUGACCAGACUGCAGACAUGAAGAGAGAUUCCUUGGGUUUGUCCUCACCCCAGAUCCAAGACAUCUUCCUGGGCAGGGAGCUGGGAGCAGCGUAUCACGAACAGGCCAGACUGGGGAUCAUCCACAGCUCCGUGCUGGAGUGGGGGGCGGUGGUCAAAGCCUACACAGUCCAGACACACAUAGACAGCGAUGGUGUGCUGCCCUUUCCUGACCUCCACCUGCCAAAAUUACCAGAGACGUCUGUCAUAUAUGUCAGCUUUGUGUACUGAUGCCAACUUACUCUCUGAGGGGUGCAGGUGGGAACAACAGGAGGAAGAGGAGCCAGUGUUUAGGAUCUGGAAACAACAACUUCCUUGCUCUCCAGGGAUUUUGGAUUAAGUCGAAAAAUUGUGUGUCUUUUUUUUUUUUGUUUUGUUUUUUGUUUUACGUUUGAAAAAUAAUCCCUUUAUCCUCUUAAACUGGGAGAUAAAGUGUCCAUCAGUUUACGGAUUAUGUUGCAGUUUAAGUUGGGCCAGUAAGUUUGUUUCUUCAAGCUGACAUUUAGGAGGAAAACAACACAACUCUGCUCCAAAUCUGCUCCCAUGUAAAUGUUAUUUUUGGAGCGAACACAACGAAACACUGACACAAUGAAUACGACCAGAAACUGUUUCCAUAACAUCCUAGUAUUUUGGUCUGGUAAAUGCAGAGCUGCAGUUAAUUUCUAAAAGUAGUCUACUGGUAAAAUUGUCCAACUUUAUUGGAUAGAAACUGAGAGGGACAUUGAACGAGACUGGGAGAUAUUUCUUUCAUUUGUUUUUCAUUUUCUUCUCUAAUAGCUUUAAUCAUAACUUUCCCAAGUGAAAACUUUGCACAGCUGUUUAUCAGCAUGUUAGAACAAACUAUGUCAACUAAUGAGAGACCCGCUGUGGGACUAGAGCAAUCCGCCAGCCCCCUCCAGCUGAAGUGUCCUUUGUUUCCAAACGAUGUUUAUACUGAACUGACGGUAUAAGCCAGAACAAUUGUUUACCAAUUGGAAUUUUAGUCCUCUUUAUUUCCUUGUUUUCUGGUCUAACAACAGGAGCUUCCACCAUGAGGUGUGUCCCAAAAACAGCUCUGACCUUGCUGCUGCAUUCAAUGAUCAGGCACCUUUCAAAUUCAUUCAGUUAAAUGGAAACUCAAGAAUUUUAUCCCUAGUUUUGUUUGGUCUCAAACAUAAAAGUGUGUGUUGCAUAGCGGCCAUGUAAGAUUACACUGUUCAGGGCUGUGGGUGGUGCCUCACAUUUCCCCCAUAUGAGAAGGGAUUUACUUGUGAGCCAAAAUGUCACCACUAGAAGGAGGACAUUGAGCUAAUUUGGACAUCUGUGAGGGAUGAAUUCCUCCCAACUCUGCUGCUGCAUUUCUACAGCUGACCUCUGGCUUCUGGUCUCUGGUCCCUGUAUAAAAGCAAGCAGAGACUUUCUCCUUUAAGGUACAUAGAAGUUAUUAUUGGUGGCAACUGUGACAUAAGUGGCAUUCUUAAAAAAAAAAUGUGAAAUGCAUGUUUGCUUGCAAUAUUAAACCACAAGAUGGCAGCAGAUACACGUGAGUCAAAGACAUAGACUGGAACUGAAAUGUUGAGGGAAAGAGGUUGCUUUUUCUGCUAUUUUUUAAAAACUUAUCCACAGCUCUUAAAUAAUCCAGUUAACCUUACAUUCAACACGUGUGUCACGACACAUUUCAGCACUUUAAAAGCUUAUGGGGAAUGUUUUGGUUUUUUUUUAGGACAGAGGUAUGUUGUUAAGUAUUGCCUUGUAUUUAUUUGUUUACUAGAAUAUAAAUCGACAGAGUCAUGGCUUGCAUUUGUUUACAACAAAAACAGAAAUAAACGAUUUACUUACCAUAA